UAUUGAUAAUUACAGUAAUGAGUCGACUAAAACAAGCGAUUGAUAAGACUGUAAGCUUGAAGACUCCAGUUGGGUACUUCAGAAAUGGAAAUUUAGAUAUAAUAGUGAUGAACCAAAACGACAACAGGCUAAAUCUCAAGUUCUGUGAAGAACUCCAUCAAGCACUAGAUCAGUUGGAAGUGCAGAAGGAGUCACGAGGGCAAACCCUUGUGACUCUGUCUACACAUCCUAAGAUAUACUCUAAUGGUGUAGAUUUUGAGAACUUGAGGAAUGAUAAGGAGAUUGAGCAAGUCUUGGAAGGACUUCAUCAAUAUAUCCUUAGAAUUUUGCAAAGCAAAAUUCCAACGGUAGGAUGCAUAGAUGGACAUGCAUUUGCUGGUGGGUGGUUCAUGGCAAUUGCCCAUCAUUUUAGAAUCAUGAAUACAGAUAGAGGUUGGAUUUGCUUGAAUGGAAUCUCUCUUGAUAUUCCUAUUCCAAAGGCAUUCAAUGUACUAGGAACUCAGAAAAUAGGAGAGCAACAGUAUUGGGAAACCUGCUGCCUUGGCACUAGAUUUAACGCCUAUGAGGCAUUAGAGAGAGGAAUUGUGCACAAAAUUUAUAAUAGUGAGAAUAUUCUAAAAAAGACUGAAGAUUUUGCUGAUCAUUUGGCUAAGAAAAAUCUUGAUCCUAUUGCUUUUCGCUUAAUGAAUGCAGAUAUUUAUAACUCUAGCAUUCACAGUCUCUCGAAUGAUAAGAACUGGGAUCUCACAAUUCAAAAAGUGUCUAAUUGACUUUAAACUCUUCAGCCUAAAUUUCCACCAUGCAUACC